AUGGACCGCAACAACGCCUACGGCUUCUCGGGCGGCAUCCCCGAGUACACGAACGACCACUUGCUCACGAUCAAGCUGCGCAACUCGAACUGGAACUUCAAGUACCUCGUCACCCCGACCCCCGGCCUCGGCGUCACGCGUCGCUCAGAGGCUCAACACAACCUCAAUGACCUCCUCUCCUCCGUUGACAUGGCCUGUGCCGCCCUCCUGAAGUUCACCGCGACAGUUCAGAGGACCUCGAAGACCGGCGAGCGCCUCCCAGGCUCAGGCUUCGACCGCCUGGGCCAGGACCGCAUAAUCGCCAACAUCACUGCGACGAGCCAGGACCUCCUCGCCGUCUGCCUCGAGGCGGUAGAGCUCACCCUCGAGGUCUGCGACUGCGGCCACUUGUUCCGCGGCCCGCACCCCACCAAGGUGAAGCACAUCCGCGCCAUGGCGAAGAUGGCCCAGCGUGACGCCACCCUUGCCGCGUUCCUCGACACCGUGAAGCGUUUUCACCACGAGGUGGACAAGGUGUUCGACUACGCCGCUACCGCGCUCCAGCGCACCCGCCCAUAG